AUGGCUGGAGCUGGUCAGAGCAUGAGGUGGACUCUGCGUGUGAGCCUCGCCCUCAGCCUGAUGGUGCAGACAGCCCUAGGUGCCUUGCACACCAAAAAGCCUCUAGUGGUCACCAAAUAUGGGACCCUCCAAGGAAAACAGAUGCACAUGGGGAAGAUGCCCAUCCAUGUCUUCCUUGGAGUCCCCUUCUCCAGACCUCCUGUGGGUGUCCACAGGUUUGCCCCCCCAGAACCCCUGGAGCCCUGGAAAGGAAUCAGAGAUGCCACCACCUACCCACCUGGGUGUCUUCAGGAGCCCCGGGGGCAGAUAGCCUUCAUAUACUUUAACACGCAGAAGCCAUACCAGUGGCUGCGCUUCAGUGAGGAAUGUCUGUACCUGAACGUGUACGCGCCAGCGCGCGCGCGUGGGAACCCUCUGAUGCCGGUGAUGGUCUGGUUCCCGGGAGGCGCCCUCCUCGUGGGCACCGCUUCCACGUACGAGGGCUCCGAGUUGGCCGCCCGCGAUAAAGUGGUGCUCGUGUCUCUACAGCACAGGCUCGGCAUCCUGGGCUUCCUGAGCAUGGGGUACAGCCAAGCCCGCGGAAACUGGGCACUGCUGGACCAGGUGGUGGCUCUGCGCUGGGUGCAGGAGAACAUCAUGGCCUUCUGCGGAGACCCAGGUUCUGUGACCCCGUUUGGCCAGUCGUCCGUGGCCAUGUGCAUCUCAGGACUGAUGAUGUCAACCCUAGCCCGGGGUCUUUUCCAUAAGGCCAUUUCCCAGAGUGGCACUGCUGUACUCAAAAUCUUCAUCACUCCUGACCCACUGAAGGUGGCCAAGAAGGUUGCCCGCCUGGCUGGCUGCAACCACAACAGCACACAGAUCCUGGUAGCGUGCCUGAGGCCACUCUCAGGGGCCAAGGUGAUACACGUGUCCAAGAAGAUGAGAUUCUUCCACCAGCACCUGAACUCCCAGGAAGACCCAAGAGAGAUUACAUGGUUCAUGAGCCCUGUGAUGGAUGGUAUCGUGUUCCCAGAUGAUCCUACGGUGCUCCUGACCCAGGGGCAGGUUUCACCUGUGCCCUACCUUCUGGGUGUCAACAACAUGGAGUUCAGUUGGCUCUUGCCUUAUGUCAUGAAGUUCCCUCUAAACCAGUGCACAAUGAAAACAGAAGCCAUCGCCAGGAUACUCUGGAGUAGCAGCACCCUGUGGAAUAUCACCAAGGAGCAGGUACCACUUGUGAUGGAGGAGUAUCUGGGUGACAUCGAUGAGUGUGACUGGAAGAUGUUACGAAACCAUGUGAUGGACCUAUGUGCAGAUGCCACCUUUGUGUACUUUACUCUGCAGACUGCCUGCUACCACCAGGAUGCUGGCCUCCCCGUCUACCUGUACGAGUUUAAGCACUGCGGUCCUAAAGGCAUAAUUGUCAAACCCUGCACUGAUGGGGCAGACCACAGGGAUGAGAUUCACUUCAUCUUUGGGAGCCCCUUCUCCCUAGGCCCGUCCACAGGUGAAGAGAAGGCUCUUAGCCUCCAGAUGAUGAAAUACUGGGCCAACUUUGCCCGAACAGGAAAUCCCAGUAGUGGGAUGCUACCCUGCUGGCCACGCUACGACAAGGAUGAAAAGUACCUGCAGCUGGAUUUUACCACAAGCGUGGGUGUGAAGCUCAAGGAACAGAAGAUGGCCUUCUGGACGAGGCUGCAUCAGCCUCAAAGACCAGAGAAGCAGAGGCAAUUCUGA